AUGCCUUACAACCAGAUAGAUGGGUCCAAGUGUUGGCGAAAAUCAAUGACGUUUAUUUCACCCCUUGAUUUUACGAAUCGUGGGAUAGGGUCGAUCAAAAAGAAUAUUCCUCCGGUUGAAAAGAAAAGAACGUCAAAAUACACUGAAAGCCAUGAGCCUUCUGUUAAAAUGCCUGACAUUGUCAUUGCUGUGCCUAAACUACAUAGCAAAGUAACUAGUCAAUAA